CAAUGAAUGUGGCGCAUUAUGUUCGUCCUCUAUUUGAAUAUGAAUGGCACACUAGAGUAAAGUUGUAUUCAGUAGAGCAUACACAUUCGGCUUAUGCACGGGGUCUGUCAAAGGGCUUUUAAGUGUUAUCUUGUUCAGAGUUAAAUAUCUGGAAUACCUACAUACAUUGAACGGAAAUGGCAGGAUAUUUAGGUUAUGGUAUUUCAAGGGUGAGCGAAGCGGUUCUUGCCGAGCUCAACUCGAAUAACUUAAUGGUAACCACCGUUAUGGAAAUCCAAAAUGAUACCAAACAUAACCUGAUUAAUGGGUCGAUCUAUGCUGUAAAGGGAAAUGUGUUGCUUUCACCCCUUGCGAUAAACGCUAAUUCUAGUGAUGUCGUAGCUACAAGGAAAACAAAAUGGUAUCCGACAGGAACGGAAGGCAUUCUUAGUUAUACUUUUGAAAACAAUCCAGAGAGGAAAAUUGUUGUUUCAUGGUCAGCUCCUUUCAACUUUCAUAUCUUCGAUAACCGUCUCGGGGUUGGAGUUACUUCAGGCGACAUAAGGAUUGACCAGGACAUGUUUGAAGAAAUGAACGCCGGCAAUAGUGUAAAUAGACUGGAGUACAGGGUGGACAGCUUCACAAGUUCGAAGAUAGUUCCAGUUAGUACGCGGUAUAAAGAUGUGGUUGUCGAAGGAACAAUGUCCUCAGACCAUAAAGCCCAUGUGAAGAUACACAUUCGAUCAGAGGUUGUCUAAGUCUAAGGUCAAACAAAAUUGUUUCUAGCUAAUUACUGUUUUAUAAAAGGAUUUUAGACGUAACGUAAAUCUACAUCUAGAGGAACAUUAUUCAUGGAAACUUAUGUCACGUGAUUGUUUUGUUAUGUUUUGUGCCCAUCUUCAAUACUGACUUACGUUCAAUUCGCACACAAAUGUUUAUGAAAGCUAACGCAUAUACAGUCGCCCACAGUGUGGCUGGAACUCGCUUGACUCGAAUUCCUCGUUGGCUCGAACUGGAUGUUAAGGACCGACAUUUUUAAUUCAUAAGUCGAUAGUUAAAUGUUAGCAAACAGAAUAUUGUAUCUGCAUGUUUUAAAAGAUAAUAAACAAUAAGAAAACGCCG